AUGGUGGGUGAUGGUGCAGCCUGCGCAGAUCUGGCGCGCGUGAGUGCAGCAGCUCGAGCGGAUGCCUGUCAGUGCCCCGCUGUUGCACUAGCUGGGUCACUGUCGGCAAAAGACGCGGAGAAAGGAACGCACAAGAUUUUAAAGCUAUUUGGCCUUUCGCUGAAUGUGAAGAUAUCCAAAGCCGAGCUACUGGUGAGUGGUGAACCAUUGCGCAUUGCUUACCUCAAGCCCUCGGACUACCUGGCCAAGCUUUUGGGGUAUUGUGCUGAAGCGGUUUGGGGCAGAGAGCAACGACCGCAGCAACGCUGUCAAAGCUUCUGGAAAGCCUAUUAUGCUCACCACCCAGGGCACGAAGUCUAUGCUAAGUUUGGCUUGAGUGAUUUGGGCAAUGUAGUACCGAUUCUACUGCAUGGGGAUGAGGGUACAGGGUCCAAGAAGCAACCUGUGGCCAUAGUAAACUGGCAGACACCGUGGGGACCCCCGGGGAAGAAAGCUUCACGCGUUGCAAAAGAGUCAGAUUUUAACAAGUGCUCCCUAUGCGCCUCCAAGAAGUCGGCUGUUUCCUCGUGCUGCAAAGUUCCCGAAGCCUGGGCAGACCGAAAGCUUGAUGCUGGCAUGUCUUUGGUUCAGGAGGAUUUCGAUGAGCUUCUGACUCAGUUUCCUUCCACUACGGGGCAUUCGGCCUUCUCUCGGCACCUUGUCUUCGUUCUUCCAACCCAUUUGCUCAAGAAAGGCACCGAAGUUUUGGAUGGGAUGCUAGGCGCAUGCGCAGAGGACCUGCGCAGCCUUUUUUCCACUGGCGUUAUGGUUGGGUCCACGAAGUACUAUGGUGCCCUUGUGGGCUGUAAGGGCGACAGCAAAUGGCAUGCAACUGUUGCCAAACUCCUACGAUCAUACACACGCUUGGGGGAGGUGAACUGCAAACCCAUUUGCGCAGAAUGUUUGGGCGGAGACCCACUAUUCCCGUUUGAACAAACAGGUGAUGAUGCAAAGUGGGUUGAGACCCUUUACGAAUCAGUUCCUUGGGAUCCGGCUUUCCUGGGACCAUUGGAAUCGAUCCCCUUCGACAUCCAUGAACCUGCUCGCAAAUACAAGCGCGAUCUACUGCAUGUUUUCAAAAUUGGGUUGGGGCGUGACGUUGCGGGGGGUAUCAUGACCCUGCUGUCCAGGUUUUUCCGGUGGUUCGAUGCACCUGGGGACUCGAUCUCGCUGGACAACAGGCUGAAGCGGAUGCAUGCUCGUUUCUCUUUGUUCUGUCUGGCAGAUGGCCGGUGCCCCCAUUUGCGCUGCUUUACGAAAGAUUCCAUGCAUAUGCCACGUGUGGAUUCCUAUGCGUUCACGAAUACCAAGGGCAGUGACACGAUGCUUCUCAUGUUAUGGCUCAAGCUGGAGUGUAACCUGGCCUUGGCUUCGCACCGGGAUCAUCCGCGCAAAGACCUUCUGCAGGUAAGCAGUCAAGCAUGCGCUGCCAGCAUCGAGAUGUUUCGGGUGUGCUACUCGCAUGGUCUAUUCCUACCACGGCCUUGCAUGGUUACCCUUCGUGAUGAGAUGCUGCGAGUCACCCGAGGAUACAAUUACCUGGCCAAAGG